AUCGUUAGAAGGUCACUCCGAAAAUUAGCCCCUCCCCUGGUUAAUGAAUUUCGUCCCACUUGUUGAAGGGGCUGUUGUUGGUCCUCCUGAUUGGUUUCUCUCAAGCGUAUUAUCGGCAAAUAAGUGGCUGCAUGUGGAUGGUGGUGGUUACGUGCUCUUGGCGUUCUCGUCCAAACCAUUUGUUCAUAUAUUCACGAUAAACUUUGAAUCGUUGGAAGUACUGGAAAGGCGAAAUAUAUGUUACAUCGGGCAAUUAAAAGCCCACCACGAACGUAUUUGUGGUGUCUCGUUCUGUGAUUCUGGGAGUUUUGAUUUGAUCUGCGUGAAUCUUUUCACAUGUGGCAACGACGGUCUCGUACGUCUCUGGAGAUAUGUCAACUUGGAAUGGAUUCUUGAAGACGAAUACAAUGUACGUGAGGCAAAUGAAUCUCUCCUACCAACUACUGUUGCCUCAAAACACUUCGAGGGUAGGUGCUCGGCACUGGUUGGUACUGAUAAAGGUAGCUUGAUUUUGUGGCUCUCUCCGAGGCAACUGAACGAACCAGCAGUAGUGGUAAAGAAGUUUGAAAGUGAAUGUGUGUUGUGUUGUUCUUGGGAAGCAGGCGGCUCUUCUGGUAUUCCAAUUCGGUUUGCCGUCGGGUACAAAAAAGGGAUAGUAGGUGUAUACGCCUAUAACCCGGCAUGCCUUAACUCAUCAUCAGUCCUCACUCAAAUCUCACGGUUUUUUGCCCACGAAAAGGAUGUCUGUCACGUUAUUUGGAAGCCUACAGACGACCUACUUGUUACUAAUACAGACCUCUCUCCUGAACUGCUUACUACUGGUCGUGAUCAAUUUAUAAAGCUUUGGUCCAUCACUAACACUUGGUGUUGCGCCUCUGUCAAAGUACCCGGGAAUCCACGCUCUGCUGCUAAGGAGUCAGAACGUCUCGGCGAUUCGAAAAAACAGUCAAUUGGUGCACCGUGGAUUUCUGCCACCUGGUUGCCCACCAGUGAUGCAGCGGUCACUCCAAACAUUUACCUCUCUGGUCUUCGUGGUGAGCUGUAUGCAUGGUCUGGAUCUGGUCAACCCAUCAGGUUGAAUGUGGGUGAUUUUGGUCAUUCCACGCUUGUUUUCGCAAUGGUGAGAGUUAACAGCUCUCCUGGUUUUCUCUUUACCGUCGGGCAAGAUCGCCAAGUCAUGCUGUGGCGACAAAGCGAAGGCGACACGCUUUCCCAUGUCCUACGUAUUCCCACCAUCUCAGCUGGCGUUUUCGCUAUAUCGCAGUCAAAUCAUGGUCUUGGUCCCGUUGCCGCUGGAGUGGCAGAUGGCUCUAUCACUCUGUGGCGCCAUGGUUACAUAGUUUCCUCGCGAUCGGAGUCCCAGUCUGUAGAUGACAUCGUCAGUUUUUAUCCACGUGGCUUAAACGCCACUAGCAUCACCACUCUGGCUUGGCAUCCCUCAGCCAGGCAUGAAUCUUUGUUGGCUUAUGGAACGGAAGCCGGAUGCGUUGACAUCGUGGACAUCGCAAAGGUGUCAAAAAGCAGCACUCAGAAAGGCAAAUCCCAACCUUACGUAAUGGGAUCCACAGUCUACCGUGUUGUCUGGGGGCCCCUGCUGUUCGGCAACCUAUGCAACAAGGGUGAUUUCAGCACGUUGCCAGUGGACGUUGCAAAGGAACAAACCGACGAAUCAUCCCUGUCCACUAAUUGCUCCAAUUCGCGUACAGACAAGUUCCAAUUUUACGUGUACAGUGUUUGCAAAGGAAAAUUUUUUCUACAUGUGGGAUUUCAGCGCCCACCGCAGGACGUAACUGCGCUCUUCCCCGAACCGCCUGACGUUUCACAGGAUGAUUGGCUAGGUGACAAACGCAGUGACAUCUCAUUUCUUUUCCUUGACGAGGGACGAUCCAACCUCCUCAGUGAUUCUACAACAACACAGCUUCAUACUACUUUCGAUUGUCUAGUGGCGGUCGGCUUACGCUCAGGCCUUGUAUACUUGUAUGGACACACCAGCCCCACUGACGAAGUUCUGCGUGAAGGAUCACCGAAUCUGCAACUCAUUUGUAAACUAAGCAGCCACACGAAGGGUAUUAACUGCAUGGCAUGGUCUCCGUUGUACUAUUGGCUUGCUGUUGGGUCCAAUGAAUACUUCAUAACCGUCACCGAUUUGUCAGAUACUCUUCGACAAGUGGUGAAAUGUAAAUCACCCCACCUUUAUCAUCUGACCACAUCCCUAGCUCAUCUAGAGGGGCAUUGCAAUCGAGUUACUUGCUUAGACUGGUCUCCCCACGAUCCCCAUCUCCUCCUCUCUGCUUCAUAUGAUGGGACUGCAAAUGUUUGGCGGAUUGAUCACAAAGAAGAUGCAGUAUCACUGGCAAAUUUCCGCGCCCAUCGUCUCCGUCUGUUUGCUUGUUUAUGGAGCCGGCGUGAUAUUGACUUGGCUUUUACCGGUGGUGAGUCGUGCCAUCUGUUUAGCUGGCGUCCUUCUCGUUUGGAAGAAAAAGCGCCACCUAACAUUCGUCGUUUACGACCACCACCGCUUAAACGUCUUCCAGUAGACGCAAAAUCUCUUCCGGUACCAGAAAGUGACAUUAAGGAAACGGUGACAGGACCAUGUAUAAUAGACGAAGUUUCAAACGCUUCUCCCUCACCAUCUAUCGAAAUGGAACCUGCAUCUACUUCAUCUACCACUGAGCCUAAGCCGCUACAAAGUAAGAAACAAACCACGUCAACUGAACGACGCAAGCGCCCUUCUUUAUUCCCCAAUUUUCUUCGUCGUGAUUCAGCUUCCCACAGCUCUGUUUGUCUGGACUUUAUUCCACCUUUUCAGUUGGGAUCCCGUUUCAUGCAAGUGUUACACGUUUUGUAUUGGUUACAUAGCAAAGUACCUCCCCCCGAUGUGGACCGCGAUUUGUUGUUUUUGUUGCCACACUGCAUGCAGACGCGCCAUCUCACGACACGCUUCCUAACCGAUGAAGCCGACCUUCAUUUCAAUGCGUACAAAUUGGCACAACGUCCUAACAGUUUGAAUCACUUGGAUGCCUACUGCAUGAUACAACUUUGGCUCGGCCGUGCCCCUUUGGUCGCUAAUGUUCUGUGUGCCGAGAGCCAUAUGCCAUUUUGGUUGCUUUGGGCUGUGCAGCUGGCUUUGAGCACCUCAUCCACGUUCGGCACCUGUUGGGGCGAUGCAGAUCUACUUGAGGCAAAGGUGAGAAUAACUGCUUGUUGUAUCACUUCGUUUUUACCUCGAUAUUACUUUCGGCUAUGAACAUCUAGCACUUUUGUAUGUUUGUGAUGGAGAUAAAUACGGCCAUUGUUGUCAAAGCCUUCUGUGUCUUUCUAUUUCUCUAUUUAAUCCGAUUUUUAGUUUCCUCUUCCAUUAAAAACAACCCGUAUUGUCUAGAAUACCAUUCAACGUUCUCAGCUCCAUGACCACGAAGUAUCUGGCAGCUCACCUGAUUAGCACUCAUGUGUGUCUUUCAUCGACUCCAUUACCUGUUCUUCUCGCACUCCACUCAGGUUAAAGAAAUCAGCCUAAAUGGCUCGGACAUUUUACUGGCGUCUACCUUGUUGGUUUGUGGUGGCCGCUCUUCAGCAGCAAUCGAUUACUUGCUCAAACAUGAUCGUGUGAAAGAAGCCCUCAUAUUGUCGCAAAUUCGUUUGAAUCCCACCGAUGCCAACCCUGUGAUCAAGCAGUGUCUCAUGCGAAUCGCUGAACGCCGACUAGUCUCAGAUGUCCCUUUCCUCAAUGUUAUACAUGCUUUGGGCGAGGGCCAAAUGAAGGAAGCUCACUCUUUGCUUCGACGCACAAACACCGGCUCCGGCUUGCAUGCUGGAGCCGAUCCAGAACAACUCGCUUCCAAUUGGGUCGAGGUCAAUGUUAUCCUGGCUUCUGACGACACCUCCGCAGUGGUAAAUGCUUUCGCACGCUUGGCCUACACAUGCAUGCUUGUGGGCUUUAACCUGACUAUAGAUCAGUGGGUGCAUUACUUUCAUCAGUGGCAGGCUAGUUCGAUUCCAGUUGACCCUACUGGUCUUGGCUCUGCUUGUUUUAAAUAUCUUCUAAAAACUGGUUUUUACAUUUCUGAAGUUUUAAAUGGCUGUCUCGAUAGUGCCCGAGCUGAGAAUCUGCUGAAUGAUACGGCUCCCUUGUUAGAUACAACACGGGCGUUUCGGUGGUUGGCGGAAGAUCGUCAGCCGUCAACUCAGUGGGCCACCUGCGUAGCGCAUUUAGUUGUGGAUUUCGCCUUGUGUCUUGUUUUAUCCACUCAAACAGACAUCGCGGAUGAAUCUUCCGAUGAAGAUUUCCGUAGGUUCUCUUGCAGCCUCCAUCGGUGUGCUGAUGUCCGCACAAAAGAAACGAUUCAAUUGAUUGGCGGUGUAUUGCUUACUCUGAGUAAUACUUCAAAGAACUAUGAAAAACUCUGCCAGGCGCUUUCCUCGCCUUUGUCCUCUUUCGGCCAAUCUUCUGCCUGAUAACUUUCAUUAUGCGGGAUGCCUUCAUACUGCUUGCAUUUAUCCAUUCCCCUAAUUCUACCAGAUUGUGCUAUUUUAUCACGGAAUACAUGAAAGUACUUUCGU